AUGAGCGGGGAGCAGCGCGCACGUACACCAACACCUGACCGUUCACAGUCAAACGAGUCAAAAAGUGAUGCAGCACAUCCCUUGUCUCCGAGCCGCAAGCGUGAGCGCGAAGAAAGCGAAGAAGCAGCGCCGGUUCCGGACGCCAAGGAUGGCCGCCCUUCGGUAGAUGGUGCGCCGAAAAAAGCGCGCGCCGAGCAUGUAACGCCCCAGCCGCAAGCUACGUUUGCAUCAUUUGUCACCGCGGCAAAUCCUUUUGCGUCUGCGACGCAGCGCACGAAAGAUGGGUCUGCGGGGGGCGCGAGUCUUGGUUUUGGCGCGUUUGCAUCGAACAAGCGCUCCGAGGCCAAGGCGACAACUGCAUUGUCCGAAAAAGCAGAGGCUGCUGCAGGAUCUUCUUUGACAAGCUGGUCAAAAGAGGAGGGUGGCGAAAUUCCAUCGCUAUCGAAAGACAUCCUGCCAGAAGAUUUUAUCGUGCGCAAGCGCUCUAUACAAAAGCCAACCGCAGAGCAGACGACGGGAGAGGAGGGAGAAAGCACCGUGUAUUCAUCGCGUGUUAAGCUGUAUGCUUUAGGUAAAGAUCAGUCUUGGAAGGAGCGCGGCACGGGCAAUUUGAAAAUUAACCUGCGCACAACGGGCGAUCGUGCAGACGCAGCGCGUCUUGUGAUGCGUUCCGACGCUGUGCUCAAGCUCAUCUUGAAUGUAAAGCUUUUCUCGGGUAUGCAUCCACGCGUGGAACAGGACAAGUUCGUUCGUCUGGCAGCCAUAGAGGAAGACGGACCCCAUUAUUUCGCAAUCAAGCUCGCAAACGCACAAGAGGCAUCGACGUUUUUGAGGCACUUGCAAAAUACGAUACCCACGCAAGACGAGGAAAACGACAAAAAGGAAUCCAAGUCGAAGGAAAUCACCGACUAUGCACCGGCCGCCGAGGCCCAAGAGGCACCCCGCGCAGAGACAGAGAGAGAAUAG